CGAACACUUCGCUGCUAGCUAGAAUGAGAAAUAAGGUUUAUGGCUACAGUAAGCUAAAUUUUUUUCUUCGUCUGGCUGCCUGUCGCUUGGUAGCAUAAACUCUUUCUAACGUAAUUAGACCGUUUUUUGACUCUUUUACAGACGCAGUCUUUACAUUCUAGCAAACUGGUUAAUCCUUAAAUUACCAAAAGCUUUGGCAUACCAGACUGAGACUAACGGGCAACAGCGGUGAUUCAGCGUGCUAGCUAGUGAGAAAAAUCUUGAGAGCCUCCACAUCCAGCCUAACAUCCAUUGAUGUUAGCCUAUGAGUAUCGCCUUCGCAUAUCGCCAGCGUUGUUAAUCGCCGGGUUUCUAUCUACCAAGAUGUACGGGAUGUUGGGAUGACAGGAAGAUGGCAAACGGAGCUGGAAAACACAAGCUGCUUGUCAUUGGACCAACAGAACCAUGGUCAGUGAGGGAGAAGCUGUGUUUGGCCACAUCUGUCAUGAAGAGUGGGGACCAGAACUGGGUAUCGGUCAGUCGUGCCAUAAAACCAUUUGCAGAACCUGGGCGACCACCUGACUGGUUCUCUCAAAAGCACUGUGCCUCCAAAUACUCAGAGCUCCUGGAAGCGACAGAGGCCCCAAAGCGGAAGCGCGGCGAGAAAGGUGAGGUGGUGGAGACAGUGGAGGAUGUGAUAGUUCGCAGACUGACGGCUGAGAGGAUCGAGGAACUAAAGAAGCUGAUAAAAGAAACGCAGGAGAAGCACAGGAAGCUGAAGAGAGAGGCUGAACUGAUUCAAGCUGGACAUCUGGAUUCCAAACUGAAAGAGCUAUGGGAGGAAAUUCUGCUGAAGAAGAAACUGGAGGAGGAGGAAGCAGAGAUGAAAAGAAAAAACACAGAUGCUGCUUAUCAAGCCAGACAGGUGGCAAAGAACACACCCAAGCGGAUACCCAGUGUCACCAUGCAUUCGCCCUCAGGGUGUAGCUCCCCAAGCCAGGAGUUCUCCCCAGGUGACCAACUCGAGUGCUUGACACUGGAUCUUACAUCUACAAAGAAUGCUUCUGGAACAGCCAGGCUAAUGACAUUUGCUGAGCCUUCUGGUAAUGAUGACAGCCACGGGUCCCUGCUAGAGGACCCCACCCAAAAGAAGUUACUGUGUCAGAAAGCCACGCCACCACCAUCUCCCCUCCUGUCAGAGUUACUGAAGAAAGGCAGUAUAUUGGCCACAAAUUCCAGAUUGAUUGGAGAUGGUGACGUGUCCACAGGUAAUGUGUCAGGAGCACAUGACUUGCAGCUGGCUCCACCUUGUCAGCCUCUCUCUCAGGCAGCAGGUGCCCCGAUGUUGUCCCGUCUCCUGGAAGCAGGCCCCGCCCAGUUUUCCCCUCCAUUAGGUUUUAUGGUCAGUGUAGAUUCUGCCUCCAGUGUUCCUCUCUCUGCCACCACUCCUGUUCCUGCUCAAUCAAACAUCUCAGCAAGUGCAGAGGUAAAUGUGAUGGUGCCAUCUGUGGCCCCUGGAUGCCAGCCUGUCUCCUCUAUGGUAGAAGAUAAGGUGUCAGAGCUCAGUGAGGACGAUGUGACUGUGUCACUGUGUCAUGAGCUGGACCUGAAGACAGUGGGGGACAUCAUCGCCAUCAUUGAAGAGAAGGCUGAUGAAGCCGCUGAUGCUUUGGAUGCAGCUGCAGUUGAGGCUGCUCUGUCCCUUUGUGAAGAAAAUGGCCACGCUCUGUCUGCUGCCUGGGAUUCUGGGCCUUUCCAGCCUCAUGAGCCACACAACCCCACAGUGCCCACUGGGGCUGUACAGUCUUCAUCUCUUCACUGUAGCUUGGAGGAGAGGACGGAAGCUUCACUCUCUUCUUUUUGCAACAGUCAAGAUAACCAUCUUGCAGGAUUUCCUGUGGGACUGAGGAGCAUUCCUCCCUCUUCCUCAUCUGGAUGCGACUCAAAGAUUUUGGAGCACUACCGCAGUGGAACGCCUCCACAGGCUGCAGCAGUGAGAGAGACUGGAGAGGCGGUGCACUCAAAAACCCAAAUGUCAUCCAUAAAAUGUGAACGUGAGAAGUGGGCACAGCAAAUCCCUGAAAAAAUCCACGCAGACUCGGUAUUAGAAGAUAACCCACUGACAGAAAGGCAUCCAAAGGAGACGAAGAGGGAGGACGCAAUAACUAUUGGGGGAGGAGAGAAGGCCUCGGGGACUAACCUGCAAAACAAAGUUAAUGGGCCAGAGGUGUGUGGAGAAGAAGUGGGAGAUGGGGUGGAAGAAUUCCUAUCAGAGCCAGACGGCGAAACUGAGCUAGAACCGGCGGCCAGUGAGAGUGAGGAUGGAUACAGCCUCCAUACGGCUUCCUCUUCACUGCAGCUCCACACAACUGCAGACUCCAUCCCCAGCAGCCCAGCUUCUUCGCAGUUUUCUGUGUGCAGUGAGGAUCUGGAAGCUCUACAGGCUCACAAAAUCUGGAAGAAAGCCAUUAUGCUUGUGUGGCGAGCAGCAGCCAAUCACAGGUAUGCAAAUGUCUUCCUUCAGCCAGUAACAGAAGAGAUUGCGCCUGGAUACCACAGUAUUGUGCACAGGCCCAUGGACCUGGCAACCAUAAAGAAGAACAUCGAGAACGGUCUGAUACGGACCACCGCCGAGUUCCAGAGGGACAUCAUGCUGAUGUUUCAGAACGCAGUCAUGUACAACAGCCUGGACCACGACGUGUACCACAUGGCUCUGGAGAUGCAGCGUGACGUCCUGGAGCAGAUACAACAGUUUCUAGCUACCCAGCUGAUCAUGGAGACGUCAGAAUCUGGUAUCAGCGCCAAGAGCCUGAGAGGCCGUGAGAGCACGCGCAAACAGGACUCUACUGACAAGGACACUGUGUCCAUGUCUUCCCCUGCCUUCCUUCUUUCUCUUUUUGAUGGAGGCACCAGAGGGCGCCGUAGUGCCAUAGAAGCUGACCUCAAAAUGAAGAAAUGAAACCAUCAGUAUGAUAUUGUAUCAGUAUGGUGUCCCUGAGAUAAAGUGAAAAGACUGAUCUCAUUGUCUCUCAGUUGCACAGAUUGUGGCUCUGCGUAUGGUGCAGUGUAACCUUUGCUUGCACUCUAGAUUAAAAGGAUAGACUGCA